AUGCUACGCAGGCUCGCAGGCCAGUUCUCUCUGCGCACCGCGGAAGCGGCGUUCCGGCCGGUUGCGUGCCAGGCGCGUGCAUUCGCGGACGAGGCCAAGAAGGUCCCGCACACGAUCGGAGACAUCCUCACGACCAAGCACGACAAGGGACGGUGGCUCUGGGUCGGCAAGGACGAGUCGGUGUUCAAGGCGAUCCAAAAGAUGACGGAGGCGAAGGUCGGGUGCCUGGUGGUCCUCGACAACGUGCACGACGCCGGGCUAGCGAAGGGCGGCAACAUCGUGGGAAUCGUUUCCGAGCGAGACUAUCUGACGAAGGUCGCGGUGCUGGGCCGGACGUCCGCGGCGACGAACGUCACGGAGAUCAUGACGCCGGCGUCCAAGAUCAAGACCGUGAACACCAAGCAGAAGAUCGUCGAAGCAAUGGACAUCAUGUGCAAGCACAACAUUCGACACAUGCCCAUCAUCGACGACGGGGAGAUGCGCGGGAUGCUGUCGAUCCGGGACGUCACCGAGGCGCUCCUGGCGGAGAAGAAGGAUGAGAUGGAACAGAUGGCCGAGUACAUCAAGGGGUCCUACUGA